GUACUGCCGUGACUCCGAGGAGGAUUACGCUUGGGUUCGUCUUGUCUCGUCGAAUCGGCAUAUUCUACUUGCACUGGGGAAGUUUCGGAAUCCCCGGGGAACGCCCGACUGAGGGUGUACACUGUUUGUGUAUGCGGGCGUGUGAGCUGUAGGGGUGUGAAACGGGGUCUGCGAUUACUACGCCCGGGGGCUGUCAACUGGGUAUGUGCGCAGGGUUCGGGGCAGAGCGUGACAAGUCGACUACCCCGGUUAGUUGGUUCGGGGGGAUUGCCAAAUGAGUGAGGGUUGCCCCACCACAGUCGGUACACACGGAUGCGGCUAUUGGCGGGAUUCCAUCGAUCUAUCAAAUUGAUCGAUUCUUUGAUUGGUUGAUUAAUUGAUUGAUUGAUUGAUUGAUUUUCAUCAUCAUUCGCCGGACGGACAGGUUGGCGCUCGCCAAGGAGAAGGGAUGAAUGCAACCUCGCUGACGCUCGGGUUGGGGGAAGGGGAUGAAGAUGGGGGGAACAUGCGAGAUGCCCUGGUGGUGAUGGCUAUCGAGCGCUGGAAUACGAAGAUUCCACCGGCUGCGCGCGCUUUCAAGUUCAAGAAGAUGGCAGGAUCUCCUCUCGCGUUCUACAGGGGCACCAAUCAUAUCUUCUGGGAAGAUUUCAGCGAUGUGAAAAUGCUCCAGCAAUUUGGAAACAAGUACACCCGGACAUGGCUAUCGGGUGACUGUCAUGCGGACAAUUUUGGCACGUUUGGGUCGGAGAAAGGUGGGCUGAUGUUUGGGAUGAAUGACUUUGAUGAGUCAGUGGUCGGCGACUAUCAGCUUGAUGUGUGGAGACUAGCUAUCAGCUUGGUGCUUGUUGCGAAGGCCAAUGGAGAGGAGGGCGAACUGGGAAAGCAGGACAUGCAGAAGGGUGUGAUCCUAGCCUUUGCCCGCAAAUAUCUGGAGACAUUGCAGGAUUUUUCUGUCAUGACUCAUCCGGAAUGCAGCGUAGUACCACAACGUGUGUACAAUGGACAACUCAUUGAAGACAAUGCAAGCACGAAGCUUUUGGAGUUCCUUGAGAUUAUCAAAAACACCUACACAAAGAAGAAGCUGCUCAAGAGAUGGUGUGAGAAGGUUGAUAAGCAAUGGUUGUUCCGGAGUGACAAGAGGAAAAAGCUCGUGCCGUGUGGGACUGAAGAGAAAGCGGCUGUAAUAAAGGCAUUGAAGACGUUUCAUCCCGCGAUCAGGGGGAUUGGCAUGAAGGAUAAGUUGCACACAUGGGUGAAGGAUGUUGCAUUUCGCAUUAAUGUGGGACUUGGCGCAUGUGGUCUCCUGCGAUAUUACUUGCUGGUGGAGGAUGAUCAGGGUGACACACAUAUAUUGGAAGCCAAGUGCCAGCCCCCAACUACACCGUAUUUAAUGACCAAGUGUUUGUCAACGCGUCUCGAUUUGAAAAAGAGAUUUCGCAAUGAGGGUGAACGCUUCACAGAGGCCCUGAAGGCAAUGUCACUCGUCGUAGAGCCCUUCGAUGGAUGGGUGCAGCUAACGGAGGCAGUUCACCCUGGGGCCGCCGGCUAUUACUCGAUCCGAAGAAUUUCGGAGUACAAGGAGACGUAUCCGCUUGUGAACAGUCCAAGUGCUUCUGGCAAGCUUUCGAAACUGCCGAUCAGGAAGGGAGAACCCCUCAAGGAGAUGGCAGAGACGUUCGCUUGGGUGCUGGCGACGCAGCAUGUGUCAGUUGCAAGGAAAAUGGAGAUGGGUCGGCCCUCGGUGAAAGGCGGAAGGCGAUUGGGCAGAGACGGUUUUCUUGCUGACCAAUUAGGAAAUGCAGUUUUAAAGGGAGAGGGUUUUGACGCGGCAUCGGAGACGGACAAUAGCGAGGAUGGAGUACAGAGGUCAAUAUCCGAGCUGGCGCUGAAGUUGGAGAGGGUGUCGAGUCCCUCCCCAUCGCUCUCAGGCGCUGACGACGACGGAGGGGCCACUGGAGCAAGCAAGGGCCCAAGGUUCCGUGAUGAGAUUUUGAAGCUCACGGGCAGUCAGCCCGGCAGUUUUGAAGAAGCGGUUUGGGAAAUUUCAAGGAAAUAUGCUGCGCAAGUUGAGAAGGACUACAAUGCUUUCAGGAAGUACCUCUGGACGAAAGACUAGUACGAGUGUUGUUUUCACUCCCCUCCCCCCCCCCGCCCGCUUCCUGCCUCUUCUGCACCACCCCCUCUCCCCUCUCACCCUCUCCCCCGGUUCCAUUUUGGGUUUCUCUCUCCCUUGUUUUCCUUGGCAAGCAGUCUUUGAAGCCCCCAUUUCUGUCUUCCCCUCUCUGCCUCUGGCUGUUUAUUUCCUCAAAAGUUUGGAUAACUUUUGUAGUUGUGGACUAUGUGCAACCUUAGUUUGGCCUGUGUAAGUAACUCCUCUCUUGUCCCAUGUCAUGCCUCUGAUCUCUCAAAAUGGAAAUCAAUAGAAGCAAUGGCAGGUGGGAGCUUUCUCUUGUUCCCCUGCCCUAGUCUAAUGACAACCUCAUUUGGCUUCUGUGUGCCAUUUCUGUCAAAUAUUAAUGCUGAACGCUAACUGUGUUCCUUCCAUUCCGUCCCCUGUUCCCCGUCCAUCCUCCCCCCUCCCCCUCCCUCCCUUCCUCGACGUAUAUACCUCAUGGACGGUACAUAUGAUUCUUGCGCUGUGUGCAUGUGCCGCAUGGCAUAUUGCGGACGACAUGCAUGCAUGAUAUCUGAAAUGCGUGAACGAGGGUGUUGAUGAACUGGCUACGGACUAUGUCAAAACAUGUUAUGACACCGUCACGUGUGGCCACUUCCCUUUUGUGGUUUUCGCCUUCUCCUUUGCGGCCAUUGCCUUUGAUCCCUCCCUCCUCCCCCUUCCCGCGUUUCUCCUCGUCAUACCCACCCCACCACACCUGCUUCUCCUGAGAUUUCUUGGUCUUGGCACUAACACAGUCUCCAUCUUAGGAGGUAUUAGCGAUUUAGGUGGCCCUCUCUUUCUGCUAUAUCGUGUCGUUUCUUGCUGGCGACUUUCUCUUGAAGAGCGGUGUGUGUAUGCCCUAGUGGCUUUCCCUUGACGAUAGAUGCAAGUUGCAAAAAAUGUUUUUUAUGUGCCAUGAAUGCAUGUGCAAGUAGAGAAUAGCAUUGUAGGUGAGUUGGCGGCCUGUUCUUUAUGGCCGCCAUUCCUGUCCAUAGGAGUCGGAGGGGUCUUGUUUUUUUUUUUCCUGUCCUUAGAAGAAGAGAAUUCCAGGUGGUCUUCAUGACAGACAUGACCAUCAUAGCAUUUAAGCAAUCGCGAUUAUCCUUUCUGGAGGGGUGCAGAAAAUUGUUGCACGAGAAUAUGCUGAGAGUUUCACCACCUUUGGUAGGCAGAUAACGGUGUCGGCUCGCAUGUGUACUCUAAUAGACGAAAAAUGGAGGAUCUUAAGACCUAAAGAGACUUAGGAGAGAGUAUUUCAGCUGUGUUGUAUGCUGCUGCUACUCUGUGGCCGCUGUACUAGUAGAGUGAGGGAAGGCCGCUCAUGUUAUUCCUGUACGCAAUCAUAACUUUUCCUCACUAUAUGGAUCGUCGUCUCCCGCUGAGGGCCUCUCUCCUUUCUCUGCUUUACUACAGAGCGAAUGUGCACAUGGUGGAUUUCUACCAGGAUCUCUCUCUCUCUCUCUCUCUCUCUCUCUCUCUCUCUCUCUCUCUCUCUCUGUGCCUUUUUUUAAUUUCACAUUCGAUACCUGAACUGACCGUCUGAGUUCCGACCGGCGACCUUGACUGAUCUCCUUAAAUUGCCAGCCUGCACUGAUCGACUGGCAUUCCUCUUAUCGAUUUAUCCAGGGAGAGAAAGAGGGUGUAAUGUUUUGUGCAACAGAACAGGAAAGAAAUGUGUCAAUAGCAGCGAGGCUCCUCUUUCUGGUGUGCGGAUAGAAAGGAAAGUGCUGCAUGUAAUUCUAGAUUUGACAUUAUGGAAAUGUGUUGAUGAGGAUGUUCAUUUUAAGGUGUUGUUUUGAAUUGUCGCUCAUUCGCUGUCGAAGUAUCGUUAGACCUCACCUGCUCUUGACACCUCAAAUCAUGAUAAGGUGGAGAUGUCUUCCGACAAGUAAAGUGGAAACGGUCGCUGUAACUCGUGUGCCAAAUUUAGCCGCCGGGCUCCCCACUCGCCCACAGACAGGUACGAAUGCGCAGGCCUUGAAAAGAGGGCUCACAGAGGCCUUGAACAGGGCCCAGGCCAACAGUUGACCAAAAGUCAACAGUCGACUUGUGGACCCAUGCCCAGAUCCGAGAUGUCGAAGUCAACAAGUUGACUGUUGACUUUUUGGUCAACUGUCAACAAAGAUUUCCUGGCCAUUGAUCUGGAAUGAUCUGACAGUUGUCUGCAGGUUCCGGAAGAUUCGGGCCUAGAGGAGUCCAGACCGGAACUGGGACUCGUUGGAUGAUCCGGGCCUUCACAUGGACCGAUGCUGACACUGAGCAGCGCGAGUCGAUGCUACAAAAGGUUGACCUCGCCACUGCUCGAGCAUUCAGUCUUGCGAGUUGCUUGCGGCUACGACGCUGCACGUGAGAGUUGAGAGGAGGUGCUGGCGCCAGGCUGCUGGAUGGGCGCCAGUCAGAUAUCAUAGUAGUGAGAUAGGGAGAGGGCGGCCAAGACCGCGACCAUAGAUGACAGCGAGGGAACGAGGAGAGGGGAGAGAGAGAGUGUGGGUGGUCGUGCGUACGUACCUGGUUUCUUCAGAUGUGAAGCCGCUGCCGAUUCUGCUCGCUGUUGGAGGAUCGUUUACCUGCGAGAAGCUGCUUCCACACCUUCCACGUGUUUCACGGAGUGCUGACGUGGCAGACGUGGCACAUACAUUGAGUGCGUAUUGCUGGAGUGGCACAUUUAGUGCAAAUUACUGACGUGGCACAUUGAGUGCAUACGGCUGGCGUGGCACAUUGAGUGUAUGUUGCUGACGUGGCAGAGGUGGGGAGCCUGAAGGAGAAGAGGGUCUUUUAUUUGUCCUUCCAACCGUCUCUAUUCUUCCCUCCUCUCUUUUCUGGGUACUGUGGACUUGAGACGUACCCGUGGUAAUGAGGAAGCCUGCCUGUACUUCAGUGACUUGGAACUGAUGGACUUGUUGGAUUGAUUAGCUCAUGGCAUUGCACGACUGUGUUCUGCGACAUGAUUGGAUGACGAGACUGGGUUCAUUCCACGGUGUUCU